AUGACUCGCAUGACUUUUGAUAAUAAUUAUAAUAAAGAGUUUUCUUCUGCGGACGAGUCCGACGACGAAGUAGUGCUUCAGAAGUGGUCACCAAUUGAUUGCCUAUCGGUUGAGACGCCGCUGAAGACUCCGGAAUCAGUGGAUGACUCGCAUGACGUUUGCCUUAACAGUAAUACAAGUGAUAGUGAUUUGCAAAAGUCGUAUUCAAAGACAUUUAUCGACGAUUUGUUGCAUUUGUUUUCAUUGAAACUUCAUUUAAGUCUUGAUUUCAUUCACGAGAGAUAUAUUAGAUAUUCAAAGCAAACACAGAGUGAAAGGGAUUUGUCUAAAACUGAUUACACGUACGCCAAGAGUUUUAGUUACAAUCGACGGAUAGACCGCUUGAAGGCGGAUUUGUCUAAAACUGAUUACACGUACGCCAAGAGUUUUAGUUACAAUCGACGGAUAGACCGCUUGAAGGCGUUUGAGUGGUCGGUGCCGAACAUGUCUCGCAAGAGUGUCACCUCUACUGUCGUCAAAAGCUCUUCCCAUUCAAAGUCAACGUCGAGUUCGCUGUCAUUACUCGAAGUCUUCAAGAAUUCAAUCAAUUCAUCGCAAACUCAAAGCCAAACCUCUGAGAGGGAGUCGUCUGUGAUGUCAGACACGAAGCGCUCACCGAAGAAGAAAAAAGAGGAACAGAUGUUCACCAGAAGUAACUGUUUGGGUGGCAGUCAGUGUGAGGCCGGUUGUGAAGUGCAUAAGAAGAAUAGGAGGAGAGGUACCAAAAGCACCGGUAUUUUGAUACCAAAUUCAGGUCAAGGCAUUGAACCGGCAUUCGAAUUCAGUGACGAUGACGACUAUGCAAUGAAUAACAGAUUAAAUCAUCAAAUACUCAAUGAUUAUCAACACAAUGGGUACAGAAUUACCGGUAAUAACGAGAGGAAUGUCUACGAAUCAGAAGAUGAGGACGAAGAAGAGGUUACUGUCGUUAAACGAGUGACCAAUAUAUUCAAGACUACUAUCAAUAGCACAUCAAAACUCAUGGAUUCCGUGACACCCGAUGCUGUCAAACGAGUCACACAUAAGUGCCCUUCGCUUUGGUUUAUACUUCCAGUGCUUCUGUUGACAGGAAUCGCAUACUUAAUGAGUCAACACAUGUCUAGUCCCGUGCCGUUCACUCCUUUGCAAGGAAUCACUAGUGAUAUGUCGUCCCAACAGGCGAUCAAUGAAUUGAUUCGAGAAAUGCAAACAAUUAGAUAUGAUUUGCAAUCUCUUAAGGAUUCAAACAAUGAUUUUAAGUCGAAAAUGAAAAGCAAUGAAAACGAGAAGUGGAAUGCAUUUAAUGAAAGGGUGGACACCAUUGAAGACAAUUUGAAUCAUUAUUUGAGAAAUUGUUGUAAAAACGACACCCAAUCCAUGUUAGCCCUCAUUGACAUCCGAUUGUCUGAAUUCAUGUCAUCGAUGUUAAGCCAAACUAAAGAGAGUCGACAGUCG